AUGACGAACACUUUCAUCAAUUACAAUUUUGCACUUUUUGAGACUAUUUUAGAAUUUCUGGAUACUAAAGAUAAAAUUUUAAAAGAAAAUUUACUGAAGAGGAAAACAGACAUCGCCUAUUUAACAGAUUUGUUUACAAAAUUUAAUAUGGUUAAUUUGCAAUUACAAGGCGACAGUUUAAAUUUGAUUAAAGCAAAGUCCAUCUUAUCAGCGUUUCUUGCCAGAUUCCCCAAUUUGUCACAGACAAGCUGCCAGGAAGACGACGUUUCAACUUACGUUCAACAUUUAAAUGCCCUCUAUUCAGAUUUUGAAUCUAGGUUUGAGGAUAUUUUGACUAUGAUAAUUAAUCCAUAUGGUGACAUACAAGAAACGAAUGUCAUAAUACAAGAGGAACUGACUGAACUAAGUACAAACGAAGAACUUAAGGUUCAGUUUAAAAACGGAUAUCAGCAAUUCUGGCUGCAAAACAACAUACCCGUUACUUAUCCCGUAUUAUGGAAUAUAGCGAGGAAAUUUUUAAUUUCCUUUCCAUCGUCAUACCUAGUGGAAAGGGGGUUCAGCGCUGUUACCAAUCUCCUAACGAAAAAAAGAAAUAGACUGGACAUCAUUAGCCGAGGAGAUUUAAGAUUAACCCUUACAAAAUUGACGUCAAAUGUUGAUAAUUUUUUAUUAAAGCAUCAGGUUCUUCCUUCUCACUAA